AACUCGACUUUAGCUAUGAAAUGUCUAAAAUGGGGAAAACUUGCUGUUGUAUUUCUUACCAUCUUCACGUUGAUAACUCUCAUCAUGUUGAUAUACACAGAGCCGAGCUUCAACGUAUCAACAGUUACAACAAAUGUUGAAAAUACUGCAAAUGUUGAAAAGUUUACUAUAACCGAUUUAAUUGUUUCGAAUAAAACUUCAACACAAUGGGAUAUAUGCGAGAGAUUAAGUAACGUCUUAAAUGUAUCUUGUGUUGACUGUGUGAAUAAAGAUGUAAGAAACGUUGUGAAUAACUUAAUAGAUGUGCCUUUGGUGAUAGGAAAAAACGACAGCUUUUUUACUCCGGGGAAGGAAAUUGUUCAGGAGUUUGUUAAUGAAAUUCUUAUAACGCCAAGAACAUGUACGGGUGAUUGUCCUUACAUUCUGGCCCUGCAGUUAUCCGUCGCAGACCGGAAACAGGAACGUGACGCCGUGCGCGAGACGUGGGGGAGUGUCAGCCGACACCAAACAUGGCCGCGGCGCCACGUGCGCGCCGGGGUCAAGGUCGUGUUCGUCGUCGGCGGCGCAGAAGAGAACUCGAGUCUGAGCGCAACUCACCGUUUUAAUCAAACGCUGGAGGAGCUAAAAAAAGAAUCGGAAAUUCACGGAGACGUGUUGUUUCUGCGCAUGACGGAUACGUACCGGAAUAUCACGCUGAAGCUUGUUUCGGCUUUGAAGUGGGUGACGGAGUUUUGUCCCUUGGUGAAGUUUGUGUUGAAGGUUGACUUCGAUACCUACGUCAAUGUCCCGCUACUGGUGGAUACGGUGUUAGCUCUGGAAAAACGUCUGGAAUUUUCUAUCCUCGGAUAUAUUUACAGACUCAACACGAAUGUCGUCCACAGAUCUGGACGCUGGGCUGUGGAUAGGGCCUUGUAUCCACUGGAUUACUAUCCAUACUAUGCAUCAGGCUGCGCGUACCUGAUUUCAAGCCAAGCUUUGAACAAAUUAAUUCAGGACGUCCCGUACGUUCGCGUGUUUCCAGUGGAGGACGCGUUCAUCACGGGAGUCAUGAGAAAUGUGAUCAAGUGCAACUUGUUCUCCAUGGAGGCGUACUUCACACAUUAUAACGACCGUUUACCCUGGGGCCAGUGUGAACUUCAAAGCGACCGAAAGAUCGUUUCAACCGGGGUAGAUGUGGACACACUAAAACGGAUGUGGUCAAGUUUGGAAAAUAAUAAAUGCAAUUAA